ACCUCUCUUCAUCCGUCUCCAUUAACCAUUUUCUCAAUUGAUAAACUCAACUUCAUAUUCUCUCUCAUCUCCACGCAUUUCCUUAUUAAUCCCUCUCUCUUCCACCAUUAAUGGUUUCUCAAAUUCAAUAUCAAGAGAUUACAACAACCCCCUCUUACCCAAUUCUUAAUUUUCUCUAAUCACGCUAUUCUCAGCCCUCUCUUUUACACCAUUUUUUUGGGUUCUCAAAUUCAAUAUGAAGCAGAUUCACAACCUCUUGCCCCAUUCUUAAUUUAAACAUUCAACUUCCCGCCAUCGACUAAGAGUUAUAAUUUGAUUGUUGGAGCCGCAAUUUCUUUAAUACGUUGUGCUUCAUUAAUUGCUGCGUCGUGUUUUCAGUUUUCAGUUUUCAGGAAGAGGCGACAGCUGGCAGGCAUCAUCAUACAGAUACCGUCAAAACAAAAUUCUCGCACUUUCCAGACAAAAUUUGUUGUUUAUAUUUUGAUUUAAAUUAAUUACUUAUGCAAAACCCGUCGCUGUCGUACAAAUUGAGCAAACCCACAAGAUAAAUGUAGAACCCCCUUUUGCUGUUGCACAGCCAAGUUUCAUUUAUGGAAGAUCAGCGCCUAGUUUAUCAACUCUGUUUGUAGCAAACCAGCAAUUGUCAUCUGAUAAGAAGGGAAGUUUCUAGCACAAUCUGAGAAGAAACAAGUAAAGAUAUAGGAUGUUAGCAGACUUGCAAAGAUCAUCAACGCAUAAACGAGCAAUGGACCCUAGGGACUACGAUGAAUCCACUGAUCUUGAAGAUGAUACUGAGCUUCUAGAGAGUAGUAUGGAGCAAGAAACUGAAAAUCCACCUUGGAAGCUUUCCAUUCCACAUGUGCUGGUGGCUACUAUAGUUCCCUUCUUAUUUGGCUAUCAUCUUGGAGUUGUCAAUGAGCCUCUUGAAACCAUUUCUGUUGAUCUUGGUUUCCAUGGGCAUACCCUGCAAGAAGGCUUGGUGGUUAGUACUUGUCUUGCUGGAGCUUUUGUUGGAUCACUGAUUAGUGGUUGGGUUGCUGAUGAAGUUGGACGUCGUAGAGCUUUUCAGUUGUGUGCUUUGCCUAUGCUUAUUGGUGCUCCAAUAUGUGCCACAUCUAGAAAUUUGACAGGAAUGCUUGUGGGAAGGAUUUUAGUUGGCAUUGGCUUGGGUAUUGGUCCACCAGUUGCAUCUCUUUACGUAACUGAGAUAUCACCUGCACAUGUGAGGGGUACUUAUGGCAGCUUUAUUCAGAUAGCCACUUGUCUUGGGCUGAUGGCCGCUCUAGUGGUUGGAAUUCCAGUAAGGAGUAUUUUUGGAUGGUGGCGCUUUUGCUUUUGGAUGUCUAUCUUUCCCGCUUCAAUGCUAGCUCUUUUAAUGGCGUUUUGUGCCGAAUCUCCACACUGGCUAUACAAGCAAGGAAGACAUGGUGAAGCUGAGAAUGAACUUGAGAAGCUUCUCGGAGCUUCCCAUGCAAAAGAUGCAAUAGUACAGCUAUCAAAGACUCAGAGAGGAGAUGAAAUUGAUACCAUAAAGCUUGCGGAAUUGCUUUGUGGGCGGCACUCAAGAGUUGUUUUUAUUGGAUCAACCCUAUUUGCUUUACAACAGCUUUCUGGAAUAAAUGCUGUGUUUUAUUUCUCUUCAACUGUCUUUAGACGUGCUGGAGUUUCCUCGAACCUAGCAAAUGUUUGUGUGGGGAUCGCAAAUUUAAUAGGUUCCUUUAUCGCUCUGGCGUUGAUGGAUAAGCUAGGAAGGAAGGCGCUCCUGCUGUGGAGCUUCUUUGGCAUGGCUGCUUCAGCGGGUCUUCAAGUUCUUGCAGCAGCUUCACCUCCUUCAAACACGAUUGGGUUUUUACUAUCUGUCGGUGGAAUGAUGCUGUUCGUCUUAAUGUUUGCUGUUGGAGCCGGUCCAGUUCCUGGUCUUUUGCUCCCUGAAAUAUUUGACAACCGAAUCAGAGCAAAAGCUAUGGCUUUUUGUAUGUCCGUGCAUUGGGUGGCAAAUUUUCUUGUUGGGUUGUUGUUCCUGCGUUUGCUGGAUCGCAUGGGGCCUCAGCUGCUCUACUCAAUGUUUGGCUCAUUCUGCUUGCUCGCAGUUGUCUUUGUGAAGCAAAAUGUGCUGGAAACCAAAGGGAAAUCACUACAAGAAAUCGAGAUAGCUCUCCUUGCUCAGGAUCAGUCUUAAAUAUAAGCUCAUGUGCUAUCCCUCCAGUAAGUUGUCGUCUUCUUCUUCUUCUACCACGAGUAACUUAUAUAGAAGAGUGUGCACGUUCAGGAGUAUCGAUGUCCGCGGUAAUGUUUAGAUGAGGACGAUGAUGUAGAAUAGAUAAUAGCUAGCAUAAGGCGCUGUUGCAUCAGUGGUGAAGUGAUCUGGGGCCAGUGAUUAAUGGUGAUGUAUGUAUUCUUUGAGAAAUAGUAUUACUAUGAAAAAAGUUUACGAUAUGUAACACGGCUUUGGCUUAAAAAAGACCGAGUUUUAUAA